ACGAACGCUGGAAAGAGAAAGAAAGACGCCACGCCGAUUCAGCCCGAAAACGGCGUUCCUGGGACGGCGGCUACCUAUAAAAAAACUGAUCGCUUAGUUAGUAGGAAGCAUCGCGGAAUGAGAAACAAAGAAAGAUGGGGAAAAAAGAAAGAAAAAAGAGCAUUGAGUAAUGAGAAAGAAAGAAAGAAAGAAAGAAAGAAAGAAAGAAAGAAAGAAAGAAAGAAAGAAAGAAAGAAAGAAAGAAAGAAAGAAAGAAAGAAAGAAAGAAAGAAAGAAAGAAAGAAAGAAAGAAAGAAAGAAAGAAAGAAAGAAAGAAAGAAAGAAAGGACGACGACAACAAGCUUCGUCUGCCCCCAUUAGCCCGAUAGGGGAGGGCGACUGGCUUUUUGUGUCAAUGAACUUCUCUUGAUUAAGAUUAGUGCAUGUUCACGGGCUAUUGUUUCAGGUUAUCCUUUGCUGAAUCGCAUAAAAGGGUCAGAAACCUUCCACUGGCUCGCAACUAUAAAAAUUCAGCGCGUUUCCCCAACUUCCUAAAGCUUCCGUCGAGGUCUCAGGGAGGAGACAAAGUCGAGCCCGAGCGGUUUUCGUCGCCAAUUUGCUUGAGACAUACUCACAGAUUAUUCGCUAUGAAGGCCUACGUCAUCUUGGCACUCCUCGUCCUGGGCCAUUUGUGUCAAAUUCAAGCAGCCACGCUGAGCAAGCCAGCGACGAGCACGGACGACGCGAGGAAGCUACUCGUCGAGAAACUUUCCCAUUCCAUCAUGGAGCACCGAGAAGAGCUCCUCGAGGCCCUCAAGGGAAUGGACAGCACAGGCGACGGAACCGAUGAGCAGAUCUUGCCAGCCUUACUCGUGCCUCUAAUUACGGCCAUUGCCGGUGGAGCUGUAUCCGGAGCUGUUGGAGCCGGUGUGGCGAUAGCCGUUCAGAAAGGCUGAACGCAUCUUCCACGGCAUCGUUUUCGGUACAAUAAAUUAUUCCACAUUUAC